AUGUUCUCUGCUGCAGUGGUAUAUGCUCGCCAAGGAAGUAAUGCAACCUUGUCCUGGAGACUACCCCAGCCUGCUGUCAGGGAGUUUACAGUGAGACGUUUUUCAUCAGAUAUUCUGUUCCAUGUGACCAACUACAACAAGGUGGACAUCACUCGCACGUACAGGACAAGAGCAGAGUUUACAGGGAACAUUGACUCGUCAGGGUCUGGCGUGUUCAGUUUCCUGCUGUAUGAUGUUGUGUGGAAUUCUGACCGUGGUGUCUACAGAUGUUACAGGGGUUCACCAGGAUCUAGAGGGGAUCAGAUGUCUGACUGUGGACAGGUGCUUGAUGUCAUACGAUGUGGCGGGCGCUGCACAGGCUCGUCUGGUUCUAUCUCAUCACCUAACUACCCUGGCAAUUACGGCAACUACCUGAUCUGUUCCUACGUUAUUGAUGCCGGAGAAACAUUGAUCACUCUCGUGUUUGAAGAUUUCAGUACGCAGUCAUGGUACGAUGUUGUCAAGGUCUAUGACGCCUCCAACAACCUCCUUGUCCAUCUAAGUGGAGAUAGAGGGGGCUACACUGUCCAGUCAGCCAUCUACUACCGUGUUGUGUUUACUACGAGUCCUCGGGGUGUCAGGAAGGGAUUUAAGGCUGUAUGGACAGGUAUGUAG